UGAGUGGAACUCAUAGGCUGACUCGAUCCGCUCAUACACGUUCUCCUCAGCACACUAGAUUCCGCGGUGUAGGUCAACAUCACCGGGUAUCUUCACCCGCAGCCAAGCGACUAGCGACCUCGACGCACUGUACCUCAUUGAUUCUACUUCCAUGGAUAAACACCCCUUCACUUUCUCCGAACUCCACCCCUCCUCCACCUCCACCAAGCAACCCUACACUCGCUUCCUCAUCUUCAUCAAAAAGCGGCGAGACGUAUCGCAAGAAACGUUCCACGCGUGGUGGCGAAGCGUGCAUGCCGACCUCGCCGUAUCUGUUGCUGGAUUUGGUGGGCAUUGCUCACGCUACGUUCAGAUGCACACGACGCCCGAGUACAAAGACGAGUUAAAGAAGCACGGGAUGGAGCCGAUGCAGUGGGACGGCAUGGGCGAAAUGCAUGUCAAGAGUAUAGAAGACUGGGUUAAGUUCCAGGGCUCGCCGGCUUUUGAGAAGCUUGUUCAUGACGGCGGGAACUUCAUGGACGGGCCCAUUCAAGUUAUGGCUGGGUACGAUCAUUUGAUCUAUGGAAGUAGAAUUGAGACGAGCGGGGGGAGGGAUGGCAUCUUGCCAGGUGAUGAAAGAUUGAAAUCGGCCCUGAAGGGCGAUUCGAAGUUGUAGUACAUUGAGCUCUUGUUCCCCUUCUUCAAGCUAGCCAACCACUUCCCGCCAGUCUGUUUGCCACUGUCCCCUGGACUUGAGGCCAUUUUUAAGCCGCGCACCUUUCGAUGUAAAGAGCGGUGAUGCUCUCUUUUCAUAUCCCCACGCGAACGGACACGCAUCGGACGCUUGUCUCUAGAUUUCAAGCAUAUCGCGGGGGCAUUC